AUAUGGCCAACAGUGCUGAUCUCUCAACACCUGCAACUGAACAUGAGCCUCAUAGUAUUGGCACACACACAGAAGAAGAAGGCACUCUGGAUGACAUCUUCAGGUUUGAGGAGGACUUCCCUGAUUGGUCCACAGGGUUUGACAGCUCUGAGUGGGAAAUGAGUGAUGGUGAAGAUGACACAGGCGGGGAGAAGCAAUACACCGACAAGAAACGCAUGUUCAAGCUUAAGAAGUUUCUGACCCAACUGGACAGCUUUUACCAGCAGAAGAAACUGAAUUUGCUACAAGCCAGGGAGGAACUAAAAGCAUUUGACCUUCAUGUGACUGAGCUGGAGGAAAACAGAGAGCAGAUUGAGUCGGAUAUAGAGAGAGAGAAACGAGCUGAGAACAGCGUGGCGGUGCUCCGGCUUGGAGCUCAACACAAGCGUGUGUGUGCCGAGCUGCAGGUGGAGGAGGAUCUGGGGGAUCAUUUAGCCAUGAUCCUCAAAGAGCAUGAGCUGGAGCUGUGUCAGGUGGAGGUCGAUCUGGGUCACUUCUUGGCUCUGCGUCAGGAACUUGAGCUGGAGGAGAAGAACGUCCAAUUACAGGACAAGAAGAAACAAAAGCUCAGACUCCAGCGAGAGAAGAGCGUUAUCAAACAACGUAGACACAAAGCACAACAUGACAAAAUUGAACGUGACAAGGUUUUACAAGAGCAGGCAGAAGUGCUCAGGAAACAACAGGAACAGGCUCUUGCUGGCCAUCUCAAAGCAGCCGUCUUCCUCAAGCAGACUCUACAGAGGAUGAAACAGAAAGAGGCUGAGGCUAAAGAGAGGAGGAAGGAGCUCAUAAAGAAGAGGCAGACCGCAGUGAUGACACUUAAAGCCAGUUUCGCUGCCAGUCAGGAAACUAUGUGUGCUAGAAAACUACAACAGAAAGCCUAUGAACAGAAACAGAAAGAGCAAGAGCAACACAUGAAAGAGUCACUGGAGGCCAAAGGAUUGAACAGCACUGAACACAUCCACCGACUGAGAGUGCAGGAGCGCUUCAGGAAGAAAAAUGCGGAAUUUGAAGAUACACGGAGAGUGGGGCAAAUGGAGAUUGUGGCUAAAUUGCUCUCGGAAAGGAACAUGAAGGAGAGGCGUAGGAAAUCUCCCGUACUGACUCUGAGCCAUGAGAAAAAGCGAGAUGAGAAACUCUUGCAGAACAUACUGCCUCCAUCUGCACAUACAAAGAGAGAGGAAAAGCAUGUAAUGUCAAGUCCCAGAGCAUCUCGCAUCAGGUCGUACAGUGACAGCAACAGUGAUGUCAGUUCCUCUUCAGACUCUGCCGAGCUGAAGUUGGGAGAGUGUGUAGAAAUGGAGGAUGAAGAUAAAAGAGAGAUGAGCCUGGCUCAGCCUGAGUUCACCGGCCUUUGGGAACACAAACACAAAGAUGAUAUGGCCACAUCAGAUGAAAACAUUCAUCUUGAAGCAUCUCACACCACCAUGAAGACUGACAUGAACAAAGGUUUGCUUUCAAAGGAAGCAAAAAAGACUAUAAAGGGUAGAGAAUCAAAAGGACCACCAUUCAUCAGCAAACCUGAGAUUAUUCUGUUUAAGGAUUGCGAUGUUGGGAAGGUCUAUAAGAAGAAAGUCACACUCACGAAUGUCACAUACAUGACUAAUUACUGUAAGCUGUCGGGAGUGUCCCAGAAUCUGAAAGAGCAUGUGUCAGUCAGUUUCGAGCCACCAGGGCCCAUGUCUGCUGGCAUGGCUUGUGAACUGGAGGCUAUAUUUAGACCUUUGCUCGAUGUGGAUUUGGAUGGUGUGAUUCACUUUCAGUCGGCUAAUGGCCCUUUUUCUGUGGCUAUCAAGUGCUCCAAGAAAAAGUGUGAGAUGGUUGUUGAUCACUGUUUUGUGGACUUUGGCACUCAUGUGGUCGGACAGACGGUUUCACGAGGAAUCACCAUGACCAACAGAGGGGCUCUCGGCACUCGUUACACGCUGACCCCCGUCUCCACCGGUCCAUUUCAGCAAACCUUCACGAGCUCACUGGAUUCUGGUAAAAGCGGUAGUUUAGAGAUGGCCAGUCUGAACGCAGAAAUCCCAUCAGGCAUAGAGAAGACUGACAUUGACCUCGGAUCAGUGUCUCCUGUCAGCAGUCACAGUCCUGAUGAGGUUUUGACAACUGAUCCAGGACCAGUGGAUACUAAAGUGGAGCCUACUGAGUUUAGCAUCGAGGAGCCUUAUGAAGGUGAUGUUGGCCCAUUUAUGAGUGUCAGAAUACCCAUCAUCUUCAGACCAACCAUUCCAGGAGAGGCAAAACUGGAUUUUCAAAUCCUAUUUUCUCAACCUGGUUGUGAACCGAUUGUGGUUUCAGUUUGUGGGGUGGCCGAGAGCGCGCCUGUGUGGGUGACCAAGCCAAAUAUUGACCUGAAAAUCUGCAUGUAUGAUCGUCUUUAUCAGGACAGCAUCGAAGUGCAAAGCAGGGCCAGCUCAGCUCUCAGAUUGACAUUCAAGGUGUGUAAAGAGAUGAGGAACCACAUGUCUAUCCUACCUAAAACAGGAUUUAUCCAGGCCAAAUCCAGCUUCAAUGCUCAGCUGAAAUUUCUGCCCAGACCGAGCUUGCAUGCGGAUGCCAAACGCUUCUUCAAUAAGGACACAGGAGUUCUGGAGGUUCCUCUGACUGUACAGGUCCCAGAUCAGGUGAAGCCUGUGCUGUUCACGGCUCAUGCUGUGGUCACCAGCUCAGACCUGCGGUUCGAGCGCACCGAGCUGGAGUUCGGACACUGCUCCGUCCACGAGUCCACACACACUUCAGUGCGUCUCACUAACUGCUCCCUGCUGCCCCAGGAGUUCGGCUUUGUGGGUAUUCCCAAGUUUAUUGAUGUCCAGCCUAAUGACGGUUUUGGCACUUUGCUGCCGUCUCAAAGCAUGGACAUUCACUUGAUCUUCAGCGCGUCAAAGGCAGGAGAACACAACUUCACACUCACCUGCAAAACCAGCAUUAACAGAGACUUUGUGUUGUCUUGUCACGCGACUGGCGUCCAGCCUUCUCUGAAACUCUCUCAUAGUUUGGUUGAGUUUGGCGGGACGGCUCUGGGUGACCGGGCCACUGCAGUUCUGUAUGUGGAGAACCGUAUCAGCGCCGGGCCGAGGCUCUUCUCCUUCUCUGUUCCUGAAGAUUCAGACAUCUCCAUCGCACCCUCUUCAGGACGUGUUCUGCCUGGACAGAGGUGUCUGAUCCAGGUGACGUUCAGUCCAACACUGUCUGAUGAUGUCAUCAAAGCAGAGGCUCUUCGCCGGAGGAACGAGUCCAUCGACUGCCAACACACACAGCCUGACACCAAAAACAAAAUGGAAACUCAGUUGCAUUUAGUAAAAGGUCAAGGCAGUAAAGUGUCGCCUGCAAACGGCAGUCCCUUCCACUCGCCGAGCCCAGCAGACCUUCAAACCGGCUCUUUUGAAUAUUUGUCUGCGAAGGCCUCACUUCUGCGCUCUUUCACUGAGCGCCGCGUUCGCCAUGUCAUAUCCUGCUUCACUUCUACACCAGACACAUCAGAGGAGCCCAGAUACAGCCCACAUGAGACGCUGUAUCUGGAGUUACACUGUCCCGCUGUCAGACCGGCUCUGCUUCUCGUCUCGGACCGACACACACUCCACUUCAGUCAGGUGGCCGUCGGUCAGAAGGUGUUGAAAAAGGUGAUAAUCCAGAACAUUUCCUCAGAGUUUGUGAAGCUGACAUCAUCACUGCUGGAUGUGAACGGGCCGUUUUCUGUGCUGAACGCCAUGCGAUCCAUCGGUCCUGAGGACACACACACACUCCUGAUCGCAUUUACUCCCUCUGUGGCCAAGAAGUAUUAUGAGACUCUGGAGGUGAGCUGCAGUCAGAUGACCCUGGAGAUCUCUCUGUGUGCUGAAGCUGUCGACCCCGUCCUCUCCUGCUCACACGAAGGACACAUCAACUUUGACUACGUUCCUGAGAACGAGAGCGCCUCGCAAGUGUUCAGGCUGCAGAACGCCUCGUCGCUGGACGUGCGCUUCAGUGUGAGGUUAGAGAGCGAGAGGAUUCUGUCGCUCAUGGACUCCACUGCACAUCUGGGUCCUCAGAACCACAGCGGGUUGAGUGUGUUCAGCGUGUCUCCAUCAGGUGGCGCUGUUCCUCCUGCUGCUGCUGCUGACAUCACUGUGACCUUUCACCCCGAUCACCAGAGUCUCCACUACAGAGACCGUCUCAGAGUCCAGCUCAUCAACAAACAAACGGUGUGUGUGCUGGAGCUCAGCGGCUCUUCAUGUACAGACAUGUUUGUCUGUGGAGGGGAUCCAGUGGACGCCUGUCCUGAAUCACUCAUCCCAUCGCAUAUAUACACAUCAGGACAUCAAGACAGCAAGAGUUUGCUGCUGACUUUUAGGAGUGAAUAUCAAGAGGGCAGAGCCAUCGCAGCCACGCGCAAACUCCACGUGGGAUGUGUCCUCGGCUCAAAGCCGGCCACUAAAAAAACGGUGGAGUUCCUCUGGGAGAACCUCUCCGCGGUCGAGCAGCAGGGCUUCAGAGUGACACCGGUGCAGGGCAGUGUGGAUGCAGGACACCGGCGUCCCAUCACCCUCAGCUGGGUGCCGUCUACUGGCCUCGCUCCGAACGCAGUGGUUGAAGCGUGUGCUUUGCUGACCGUCAGAGGAGACGAGACCGUCGUUUACCGGGUCAAUCUCGUGGCCCAUACAGACACAAAUACAGCCACCUAGACAUUCAUU